AACUGUAUCAUUGAUCACUCAGCGUCUUCAGCAGCAACAGCAGCAGCAGCAAGACACACUUCUUCGAGUAUCCCGCCCAACAACCAACAACAAACCGCUUCAGCAAAAUGGCAUUCAAGUUCGUCGUUUUCCUGGCUUCGUUGGCCGUCGCUAGCGCCGGAUACCUGGAGGCUGGCCAUGCCGUCCAGUACGCCGCCCCGGUGGCCCACUACUCGCCGGCAUCGUCGGUGAGCUACAGCACCAUCUCGCAGGCUGCCCCGGCCAAGCUGGCCUACGCCGCCCCGGUCGCCAAGACCAUCUCGUACGCCGCGCCGCAGGUGUACGCCGCGCCUCAGGUGUACGCUGCUGCCCCAGUCGCCAAGACCAUCGUCUCCAGCCCGGCCGUCGGUGCCACCCAUGAGAGCACGAUCCGCUCGCACGACGGAACCAUCUCCCACUACUCCAAGGCCGUCGAUACCGCGUUCUCGAGCGUCCGCAAGUCGGACACCCGCAUCACCAACGAGCUGCCCAAGUACGCCUAUGCCCAGCCCGUCCUCGCCAAGCAGGUUGCCUAUGCUGCUGCCCCGGCCGUCCACACCACCUACACCCAUGCCGCUCCGGCUGCCGUCCACACGACCUAUGCCGCCCCGGCCGUCCACACUAGCUACGCCCACGCUGCCCCGGCCGCCGUCCACACCACCUAUGCUGCCCCGGCUGCCGUCCAGACCUAUGCUGCCCAUGCUGCCCCGGUUGUCGCUACCGCCACCAAGACGCUGACCUACUCGCCGGCCGUCCAGGUUGCGCACACCACCUACGAGGAUGCGCACGCUCACUACGCCUGGUAAGAUGGGCAUGACGUUUGACGUGAGACACUUGGUCUUUUAUUGUUUUGCGAAGCUGAUACAAUGAUCCCCCAUCGACCCACUUCCUCCGCAAUCUAUUUAUUUGAUUUUGUUGUUAUGAACCUGCGUGUGUUCUUUCCCUCACCCCUCAUUUUGUUUUCGGUAUGUAAACCAAUGCAGCGCAAACGUGGCGGUCUCACCUGUGGGGCGGUCGCUUUGCGGUGUUCAAAAUAAUACAACAUCAUAAAAAAAAA